AUGGCCCGAAUCGUUUCGUUGUUCAAAAGUUCGCCCUUGAAUGACUUUCUUAUACCUUUUAGAAAGGCCCAGAACCAAUGGGUGGCCCGAUAUAUUAUCAUUGUAUUCGCUCUCAUAGUGCGAUCUGCUGUUGGUAUUGGUCCCUACUCUGGAGAGGCUACUCCUCCAAUGUAUGGCGACUUUGAAGCGCAAAGGCAUUGGAUGGAGAUCACUAAUCAUCUUCCCAUUUCUGAAUGGUAUUUUUACGAUCUUCAGUAUUGGGGAUUGGAUUACCCCCCGUUAACUGCCUAUCAUUCAUGGUUAAUGGGAAAGUUGGGCUCUUUCAUUGAUCCCUCUUGGUUUGCACUAAAUACUUCACGUGGUCUUGAAACUGCAGACCUGAAGUCGUAUCUCCGCAUAACUGCGCUUAUAGCUGAGUUAGCCAUAUAUAUUCCUGCAGUUCAGAUGUUCACUCGUUGGAUGGGAAGAUACUAUAGAAAGGUCACUACCAUUGACCAAACGAUUAUCUCGGCAGCCAUACUAUACCAACCAGUUUUGAUUAUUAUUGACCACGGUCAUUUUCAAUACAAUUCUGUUAUGCUAGGUUUGUCUUUGCUGGCCGUGGUCCACCUUCUAUACGAUAACUACUGUUUGGCUGCUAUCUUAUAUGUCCUCUCGUUCAGCUUUAAGCAAAUGGGACUAUACUAUGCUCCAAUUUUCUUCUUUUACAUGUUAAGUGCCUGCACGUGGUCUUCUGACACCCACUCAUUUGAUUUGCAGAGACUUAUAUCUAUUGGACUUUGUGUUAUUGUUACUCUAGGCGUGCAAAUAGCUCCUUUCCUUAUUUUUGGAGGUCUCGGUCAACCUCAACAGAUCUUGAUCCGUAUGUUUCCAUUUGAUAGGGGCCUAUUUGAAGAUAAAGUCGCUAAUUUCUGGUGUGCUACUAACAUUGUUAUCAAAUACAAGAAACUAUUCACCUCAGAGCAGCUUAAGGCUAUGUCUUUAGCACUCACUCUAUUAGGAAUUCUACCCUCUAGUUUGGUCAUCUUUUUCAAUCGUAGAAAAGAGCUUAUUGCCUGGUGCUUAGCUUCUUGUUCUAUGGCUUUUUAUUUGUUCUCUUUCCAGGUCCAUGAAAAGACUAUUUUGCUUCCUUGGAUGCCUAUUGUACUGCUUUUGAACGAAGUUGAUCCUGAUGUUAUCUCAAUGGUUUGUUGGUUCUGUAAUGUUGCACUAUUUUCCAUGUGGCCUUUACUUAAGAGAGACAACCUAAUUAUCCAAUAUUUUGUCUUGGGUGUUUUAAGUAAUUGGUUAAUGGGUAACUUAAGCUGGAUCAGAAGGUUUCUAAGGAUGAUCAAGUUGCCUGUUAAGUAUAGGGACCUUGCUACACCUGUUCUUCCUCAUAAUUGGUUCUGGAGUUUGGUCAUUGUCACUUCUUACCUCGCAGCUUCUGCACUACACAUUGCCGAUGCGUUUGUUCAACCACCACGAUCUCUGCCUCAUAUUUGGAUUAUUGGAAAUGUAGUUCUUUCUUUCGGAUGCUUCAUGCUCUUCUGGCUUUGGUGUAACUACAAAAUUUUUGUAAUGUGCACCACGCCUGAAUCGAAGCUUAAGACCAACUGA